UAGUUUUCACAAUCAGUACCAAUCGGAAUUCAAUCACUGCAUAAACCUUGCAGUUCCGCUUUCUGUUUUCUAUUUAGUUUUGUAUAUGAAUUAAACUAGUUGUUAGGCUUAAAGUUAAAAGUUCGUAGCUUAAUAGUAACAAAAUGCAGAGCCUCGGUUGGACGCUAAUCAUGAAACGCGGCUGCUUCUGCCGCAAGGAGACACUAAAUAUCAACGGAUCCCGCUACACAAUUCGCGACAGGCUGGCCCAAGGGGGCUUCAGUCUCAUCGACCUUGGGGAAAAUACCAUCACACGCCGGAGCUACGCGAUUAAGCGCAUCACCUGCCACAGCAUCGACGACCAGAAUAUAGCGCUACGCGAAAUCGAAAACUGCCGCAAGAUCGAUUCGGAAAACGUCAUCCGAGUGGUGGACUACGAACUAAAGGGUCAGGCUGACAUUGUCAUAAACACCACCAGUACGCUGUUCAUUGUACUGCCUUACUACAAGCAUGGCGCUUUGGCGGAUCAUUUGCAAUUGCGGGCUCGAAAACAGGACCACAUGCCCGAGGCUCAGAUCCUGCAGAUCUUCCUGGGCGUCUGCGAAGGUCUCAAGGCCAUACACGAAGCCAAGCCAGUGCCGCUGGCUCAUCGGGACUUAAAGACCGCCAAUAUAUGUCUCUCGGACUCAUUCGAGCCCAUUAUCGUGGAUCUGGGCUCAAUGACAGAGGCGCGCCUUCAAAUAGUAGGUCAGUCGGAUGCCCAACGACUGCAAGACGAAGCUGAGGAGCGGAGUUCCAUUGUAUAUCGGGCUCCCGAACUGUUUACUGUGAAGACGUACUGCACCAUAGAUGAACGAACAGAUAUAUGGAGUCUUGGUUGUGUUUUGUACGCAAUGUGCUACUUUCAUUCGCCUUUUGAUCCCAUCUACGAGCGGGGAGACAGCGUGGCAUUGGCUGUACUUAGCGGAAAUAUAAACAUUCCAGAGGAUUCAAUUUACACAGAGGACAUGCAUGAACUGAUAAACUACAUGCUGCGCACCGAUCCCAUGGAAAGACCAUUCAUUUUUAGCGUCAUUGAACGAACCCACGACUUGAUACAAAAGCUGGAGGGUCGAUUGUAGCUCCGCCCAGCAAGGACACAAGGUUGCUAACUCACUGGAUUCCACCUCGUCUAAAGGCAUUUCAUUGUACCCGUUUUUGACUAUGUAUUAUUGUAAAAUAAUUUUUAAAAUUGCUGCGAAUUUGUGAAAA